UGAAACUCCGUUGUGUAUCGCCAUCGUGGCGAAGUGCGUGUUUGUCGGCCGCCACGCGUCCACCACCUUGCGUAUACCUGACACGAGUUCGGAGACGCGCGGUCGCGAGUUUUCGCAAUUUUUCUUUUUCGUUCGCACGGGGCCGGCAAAUUCGCGACGAUCAGUGUGGUAGAAUAGAACCGCGCAGCCGUGUUGCGCCCAGUGGGCGCGAAUUGUGCUGGCGAGACAAUCAGUGACAAGGACCGUAACGGAGACCGCGUCUCUUUAUAUUGUUACGUCUGGCUGCACCGUCGGAGAAUGUUUCUCAUCGCACCGGUCGACAACAAUCGCUGGGUGUACGCGAUGCACGGCUUAGAAAAGCCCAUGGAUCAUGUAUCCGCCGGCGGCGUCAUGGCAGGCUCCGUUGCAACUCUGGCGAUCCUCUGGGUGUCCCUGCAGUCGAUGGGACUUCUGGGUCACUCACAUUCGAUCGGCACCUAUCAGCUGCCCGAGUCUCUGCACAAUUAUCUCGCCAGUUAUACCGAAUCGCUUUCAGGGCUGCCAUCGAAUUACGGUUCCGAAGCCAUUGUGGAUACCGGUCGUUUCCAAAAUCGGAGAUUUCCCAGGAUCGAUGGCGCAACACUGAACAACUCAAUCGCGUUCGCGCAAACGUUAGUCGAUCGUAUGAGCACCCUCGAGAGGAAUAUCGUGAACGCCGGUGUCGAGCUCGAGGCGCGGAGUCCGGCCGAGAAGCAAUUCUGGAGCUCCUAUCCUUCCGCGGAUGCUUUCGACAGGAGUAUCGAUGCCAUCGUAGCAACGAAGGCGUCGUCGUAUCUCGUGCAACAAAACUGCCGAAGAUUCGGCUUGGAUAAGAACGACUGCGCUCGCUACGUGUCAACGCUGGGCCUGCGGGGCACCCCGCUCGGUGAGUCCUGCGCCGCGGUGCAUAACGUGGAGUGCGACGAGAGGUCCAGGUACCGAAGCAUCGACGGCACCUGCAACAACGUGGAGAACCCGAGCUGGGGCAGCGCGAUGACCGCGUACACCAGGGUGCUGUUCUCCCAAUACUUCGACGGCAUCCAAGAACCGAGGCGCGUUGGACAAACGAAGAAGCCGCUGCCAAGCCCGAGGCUCGUAAGCGCCGCCUUGUCCACCGCGAACGAUCAGUCAGAUGCUAGCAGAACACUGGCCGUGAUGGAAUGGAGCCAAUUCAUCGCUCAUGACAUAGCCCACACCCCAGUUCGCAAGAUGGUCUCAAGCGGAAGACCAAUCUCUUGUUGCCAACCGGAUGGAGAUACUCUGUCACCGCGUCACAUCCAUCCAGAUUGUUCCCCGAUCAGCGUACCAGAUCGCGAUCCCGUUUACGGCCAGCAUUACGUCCGGUGUAUGAAUUACGUUCGAUCGUUACCCGUCUUGAGAUCGGAAUGCACUUUCGGACCGGUGGAACAGAUGAACCAAGUGAGCCACUUCCUGGACGGUUCCACGGUUUACGGUUCUACUCUGAAGAAAUCUCGUGAGCUCCGCACUUUCGAAGGCGGACGUCUUCGCAUCGACGUGCGAAACAAUCACACAUAUUUGCCGAGGGGAGAUGCCGAGCUCAUGUCGCAAUGCGGAGAGAAUUGCUACAAUUCCGGUGACGAUCGCGCGAACGUUCAUCCUCAGUUGGCUGUGAUUCACACGGUUUGGCACCGUGAGCAUAAUCGCGUCGCCGACAAUCUUGCCAGAUUGAAUUCGUACUGGUCGGACGAGAUUUUGUACCAAGAGGCCAGGCGCUUCGUGAUCGCCGAGAUUCAGCAUAUCACGUACAGGGAGUGGCUACCCAUCUUGUUGGGUAGAAGAUACACUCGAGCCAUUUCCGUAGGGAAUAAUCACAGCCGUAGCUAUAAUGCCGAUGACGAGCCGGCGGUCAGCAACGAAGCCGCCACCGCAGCGUUACGUUUCCUGAAUUCGCUGAUGCAGGGAGAGCUGAGCUUGCCGGAUAAUUUUCGCCAGCAGAACAAGACCCUACAGCUAGCGGAGCAUUUCUUCAAUCCGCGCAUAAUCGAAUCGGAGGAGGUGUUUGAUGGACUGCUCCGCGGUCUUGCUACCCAAACCAGCCAGAAAAUGGACAUCAGUCUCAUUCCAGAUAUGACGAGCAAAUUAUACACCAGCAAUAGCAACGAUUUAGGCUUGGAUGCCGUUAGCUUGGACAUUGAACGCGGCCGCGAUCAUGGCCUGCCGGGUUACAAUUAUUAUCGUAGGUACUGUGGACUUCCUGCUGCCAAGACCUUCGACGAUUUCCUGGAUUAUAUUCCUACGGAGAUGACGAGAAAACUGCGCACGAUCUAUUCCCAUCCCAACGAUGUCGAUCUCAUUGUGGGCGGUAUGGCGGAGAGACCAGCGGAUGACGGUAUGAUCGGCCCGACCUUCCGCUGCCUCAUCUACGAGCAAUUCUCCAGAUCUCGGCGUACCGAUAGGUUCUUCUACGACUCCGCGACGCAACCAUAUCCCUUCACACCUGAACAAUUGACUCAAUUGCGUAACGUCACCUUAGCGCGGAUAUUCUGCGACAAUGGUGAUGACAUCACCCAUAUGCAACGCAAUGUGUUCCUCAAGCCUCAGGCAGGGAACGAGUUGAGACGCUGCACAGACUUUGAGGCAAUACCCAGCGUGGACCUCUUUGCCUGGGCGGAGAGAGCGAAAGCAUAUCGUUGAAGUCCUUAAAUUAAUUGACUGGUCACACAACAAAUGGCAUUCGUUUGCCCGUAAACGUAGUACGGGCCCGAAGAAAUAGGCCCGCGACAAGCGUGCGACGAAAAUGGGCACAAAAAAACGAUUGUGCGAGACUACGUAACAAUCUCGUCAGAAUCGUCGCCAUGUGUAGCGGCGUCGCGCACGUCAAGAUGAAGUAAUUGAGGCGGUAAAGGUAACAGUGAAAACACGUGACUAGUCGAUUAAGAAAAUACCUAGCAGACGGAAUGAGACUGAAUGAUGACGCGAGGUGCAAACUGACGAUUGCAGACGAAGGAUCGACUGACGGACGGAAAAACGAUUCUCAGAAAACCGGCAUUGGGAUUCACUUUGCGACUGACUUCUCUUGCAGGACUGCAUUUCGCGACGGUUUGAUAUUAUAUAGUCUGAUACAUACACGUGUAAGCUUAUCCAUAGGUAGUUUCGUGCAUACAUAUAAGAUGUAGAUAGUGGGACGCAGGAGUGUUACUGGCGUAUUUAUGUUCUCAUAGAGAGUUAUACUGAGUUGAGGCUGAAGUUGAAACUACUUAGCGACUAAACAAUUUGUGAUGAUUUAGAAUAUAGAGGUGCAUACACGAUUUUUCAAUCUAAACGAUAAUUGCAAUACAUUGUUCUCGUUACGUAAGAUUGUAAGCUCUGGUCAAGAAGUGUGGAAUACGAAGUUCGGUAAAUUAAGUAUGAAUACUAAUAAGAAUUAUAUAUAUAAAGAAAAAAUACGCGAGACCAAGAUACUUAAUAUUACGAAAAAACUAGGAAGGCGCAUUUUUCACUUUUUAAAAUAAUUCGAGAGGUAAAUAGAACGAAGCUAUAAAUGGAAGCAAUAACUUAACGUUUGGUAUCGUAAGUUCGAAUAUUUUAAGAUACAGCAGAAAUAUCAAAAACCAAAUGAUUACUUUUUUAUAUAUUAUAAUUCUGUGAACGUUUUCAAGUAAGAUUAUCGAAAUAUGUUUUAUACACUUGCAUAACACCUGCCCAAAGUAAUUACUCAAAUAAUUUACGAACUCAUUUAACGAUCAUAUAAACGUUUUGUACAAUUGCAAUCAAUUUCAAUAAUUUUGAAAUGUAUACAUUAUAAAUAUAAUGAAUGCGUACGUACACUGAACGAUACGAACAUUCAUUUAUUGUUACAAUUGAUUCGCAAGCAAUUUGUGAGCAAGAUUAUACAUGUAUGUGAAUAAAUUACAUUUUAUCAACUGUA